AUGGCAGCAUACCAUUGGAUUGAACCACAGUACGUCCACGACGCAGCUGCGUUGCGCACAGGUCUCAGAGCGCUCACUCCGCCCUUCGUCUUGCCGCCAGCUGGCCUUUCCUGGGUAGACGGCACCAGCAACACAGCACGUACCAGGGACAGUAAGAGGUCGAUGUGGCGCAGGUGUCAACAGGCUCUUCAGGAGUCUUACCAAAAAGGAGUGGUCGGUACACUUUUCCCCGGUGCAAGCGGCGUCUGGCACACCAUCGGUACUCAUCUAGCCCGUCAAGUCUAUGUCGUCAAGGAUCUUGGGGAGAUGGAUGCUCGAGAGACUUCGGUUCAGCAUGUCAACGCUGACGAAGUAAAGUUUGGCGAAGAUGUCAUGCGCCUGGGUGCCAGAGAGACACCCGACUCCGAAGAGUACCUUUACAUGCGACCUGCCUAUCCGCCAACGACCCGCUGA